AGUCAAUGUCCGAACUCUGGAAGCACGUGCUACAUUGGCGGCCAUCUUUCUUUUCAUUAUGCUUCAGUUGGAGAACUGGUCAAAGUGUUGGUGUACUUCAUAACUGUAGAACAACCCAUCCGCUCGAGCUGUCACUACCCGCUGACCACAUACGUUCUUUGCUCUUCACCUGUCCCGGACUCGGAUAUUGCCUGUCAUGGCAUCAGUUCUUGCUAUUAGAAGUCUCAUGGAGAAGAGGAACGAGAUUUCCAGCGAGACGGACCUCGCCAUCAUCUCCAUUACCUGGGGCUUCACACUCGGAUUUGGUUUCCUGACGACAUGGACCGCAAUGAAGCAGACGAGACACAUGUGGAAGAGAAGGAAUGGCCAUCUCAAUCACCCAUACAUCUGGAUGGUCUGGGCCGAGCUGCUGUCUUCUCUUGGACUUAGCGUCAUCUGUUGGCUGGUUUUGCAAGGACCUGUUACUCUUGAACUUUGGAGUCUGUUCGUCAUCCUAUCACUCUGGGUCAUCCAAGUCCAUUGUCUUUUCCAGAUCAUCAUCAACCGCGUGUCAAUUUUGAUGGUCAACCGAUCACGGGCUAAACAGCUCAAAUAUGGCACUGCUAUCGUCAUACUCGCCGUCAACAUUUCAGUAUUUUGCAUCUGGAUCCCUGCCAAAAUGGAAGUCAACAAAACAUACGAACGUCUGAACGUGGUGUGGGAUCGUAUCGAAAAGGUCAUCAUCUUGCUUGUUGAUGCUGCUUUGAACUAUUACUUCAUCCGCGUCGUCCAAAAGCAACUCAUCAAGCCUGGUCUUACCAAGUAUCGCCCGCUUGUACGCUUCAACCUUUGGAUGAUCAUACUCUCGCUGGCCAUGGACUGUUUGAUUAUCGGCAUGUUGUCGUUGAAGAACCCUCUCGUAUAUCUCAUGGUUAGUAAUCUUCUUGUACGACAAUUUUAUUAG